UCAGCUGCCCCCUUCCAUUGUCGGCUCGCAUACCCUCCGUCCUCCUUAUGUUUUCCCUGCUUCAGUUCCAUUUGCACACACAAACACAUACGCACGAACUGGGUAUCCAUCUACGUGAUCUUUGAGAAUGUCGGCUCGAGCAAGACGAACGUCGUUCCCGGAAGUGGUUAUUGAGAGGGACUCCGACACCGAGAAAAGUUCAGACGACGAAGAAGAGGUAGAAGACGACGUCGUUGAGUCAGAUGAUCAAGAAGAAGAAGACGUCGAGGAGCAAAAAGGUAAAGAGGCUGAAGUUUCGUCUGCAGCCAAUAAGAAGGGGAAGGCGCCUAUUACUAUCAGUCUUAAGAAAGUCUGCAAGGUAUGUAAAAGAACGGGUCAUCAAGCAGGGUUUCAAGGACCUACUUACAUCGAUUGCCCGAUGAAACCAUGUUUCCUCUGCAAAUUGCCUGGUCACACAACGGUUAAUUGUCCUCACCGAGUAGCUAUGGAGUUUGGGGUUAUUCCAGCUUCUCGUAAACGCACAAACAACUCUUUGGAUUAUGUAUUUGAACGCCAAGUUCGCCAUAGAGUUCCUUCUAUAAAACCAGAAUUUGUGAUCCCAGAUGAAGUGAAUUGUGCAGUAAUCAGAUAUCAUAGCAGACGAGUUACAUGCUUAGAGUUCCAUCCAACCAAUAACAACAUUCUCUUAUCAGGUGACAAGAAAGGACAACUAGGAGUUUGGGAUUUUGGUAAGGUGCAUGAGAAGACUGUAUAUGGAAACAUACAUAGCUGCCUACUCAACAAUAUGAAGUUUAGUCCAGCAAAUGAUGGAACAGUUUAUGCAGCAUCUUCAGAUGGAACCAUGAGUUGCACUGACUUGGAGACUGGUUUAUCUACACCAUUAAUGGACCUCAACCCUAAUGGAUGGCAGGGACCCAACAGUUGGACAAUGCUAUAUGGUAUGGACUUGAAUGCAGAAAAAGGUCUUGUGCUAGUUGCAGAUAAUUUCGGAUCCUUACACUUGGUGGACAUUCGAUCAAAUUCACAAAAAGGAAAUUCGAUUCUGAUCCAUAAGAAAGGAACCAAAGUCGUGGGACUUCACUGCAACCCUUUUCAGCCUGAUCUUCUAUUGAGUUGUGGAAAUGAUCACUUUGCUCGUAUAUGGGAUAUUCGGCGUUUGGAAGCUGAAUCUUGUCUUCAAAGUCUUCCACACAAACGUGUGGUCAACUCUGCUUAUUUUUCUCCUAUAAGUGGAAGCAAAAUAGUGACAACAUCAAUAGAUAAUAGAAUUCGUGUGUGGGAUUCUAUUUUUGGAAACUUGGAAACACCAAGUCGUGAAAUUGUACACAGUCAUGAUUUUAAUCGACACUUGACUCCAUUUCGAGCUGAAUGGGACCCAAAGGAUCCAUCAGAGUCACUUGUGGUUGUUGGGCGUUACAUUAGUGAGAAUUAUAAUGGAUUGGCUUUGCAUCCUAUUGAUUUUAUAGAUAUUAGCACAGGUCAACUAGUUGCUGAGGUUAUGGAUCCUAACAUAACUACAAUUACUCCAGUCAACAAAUUGCAUCCACGUGAUGAUGUGUUGGCAUCUGGUAGUUCAAGGUCACUAUUUAUUUGGAGGCCUAAGGAGAAGUCGGAAAUGGUGCAAGAGAAGGAUGAGAGAAAAAUUGUUGUUUGUGAUAGAAAAAAUAGCAAGUUUGGAGAUGAUGAUGAUGAUGAUUCAGGUGAUGAUUUCUCAAGUAAAAAAGGCAAGAAUGGAAAGUCGAAAUCUAAAAAACCCAUUUUGGUAACAACUCCAUGUAGCAGCAGCAAGAAGAAGAAGAAAAAAAUUUGAAAGAUGUGGUUGUGGUUGUGUAAAUUUGAUGGCUAAUACUAGUGUUAACUAUAAUAGUCUCCUUUUGGGUUUUGGCCUAUGUUUUGAGCAAAAAAACCUUUUGUCCUGUUAGAUUCUCAUU